AUGGCAGACGAAGUAGCAACCAACUUGGCCGGAGUUAAGCAUAUAGUACUAGUUCUAUCGGGAAAAGGUGGCGUUGGCAAGUCCACUGUGUCGACAGAGCUAGCUUUAUCGUUGCAUGCAAGUGGCAAACGAGUUGGAGUGCUUGAUAUUGACUUAACUGGCCCGAGCAUACCACGAAUGUUUGGUCUCAAUGAUCGACAAGUAUUGCAAGCUUCUACUGGUUGGGUUCCAGUGUAUGCCGAUGAAGAGCAGAGGCUAGCUGUCAUGUCUUUGGGCUUCUUGCUACGGAAUAAGGACGAUGCUGUUAUAUGGCGAGGGCCUAAGAAGAAUGCUAUGAUCAAACAGUUCUUGACGGACGUCACAUGGGGAUCUCUAGACUAUCUGAUCAUUGAUACACCACCAGGAACUUCGGACGAGCACAUAUCGAUCGCCGAGUACCUAAAAGAACACAAUCCAGAAGGCGCUGUCAUAGUCACCACUCCACAAGCAGUCUCACUAUCAGAUGUUCGCAAAGAACUCAGCUUUUGCAAGAAGGUCAAGAUACCGAUUCUGGGAAUAGUUGAAAAUAUGAGUGGCUACAUAUGUCCUCACUGUGCUGAACAUCAUGACUUGUUUUCCUCUGGUGGUGGAGAAGCUCUUGCUACCGAGUUCCAAGUGCCUUUUCUUGGUCGAGUACCGCUAGAUUCCAGCUUGACUACAAUGGUUGAACAAGAUGGUGGUAGUUUUGUGAAUCGAUUCAAGGAUUCCAAUCUCUACCCUGUCUUUAUGGGAAUUACUCAGAAAGUUGUGUCGACGUGUGAGCCUGUAGUAGCUCCCAACGGUCAUCAUGAAAAUGAGGUUGUGAAAGAACUUGGGAACACGGGCCACGAUUCGCAAAGUGGAGAUCAAGUGCAGUAA